AUGGUAACACUGGUGCAAAUUCAGUCUUUUCCGGUUCAGACACAUCUUGAUAACCCAACAAAGUACCAUAUACAACAAACACAAAGGCAGCAAGUAAAACAGUACCUAACCCUUGGAACAAAAUGUUCUGCACAGGCUAUUGCAUAUUCCCAUUCACACUGUGGUCAACCCACAGGAGUCAACCCAGAGAUAAGGAAUGGACACAUGUCUCCCUCUACAGAGAAUUGCACUAUUGAUGGUUCGGUUACCAAGUUAUUAGCUCUGGGAGCCGGACGAGAAAAUGAGAUGGAAGAUGUUAUUGAGGACAUCAUUAGUCUGGAAUCAAGUUUUAAUGAUGAUGGAUUGAACUGUACAGAACAGACAUUAUUGAUGCCAAGUGGUCUUCCACUACCAAGUAACCUUUUGGAUGUUUACAACAGUGACCAAGGCAUUCCGGGCUCCAACAUGGGACUUUCCAAUACUUCUUGUCCAACUGGUAUAGGUGUGAAAAGGGAAGUUACAGAUACAAGAGCCAUGGCAAAGGAAAGGCAAAAGAAGGACAAUCAUAACCUCAUUGAACGACGCAGACGAUAUAAUAUUAACUACAGGAUUAAAGAACUUGGCACACUGAUCCCAAAGUCAAAUGAUCCUGAUAUGCGCUGGAACAAAGGAACUAUUUUGAAAGCUUCGGUAGAAUACAUCAAGUGGCUCCAAAAAGAACAACAAAGGGGAAGAGAAUUAGAACUCCGGCAGAAAAAAUUAGAACAAGCCAACAGACGAUUGCUGCUUCGUAUUCAGGAACUUGAAAUCCAGGCCCGGGCUAAUGGUCUUCCAAUACCAGCCUUAUGUACAGUAGAACUAGCAUCACAAGUCAUCAAACAACAAUCCUACGGAGAAGAUGUUUCAGAAGACUACUCUCAUCAGAUUCCUUUGUCACUUGGACACAACACUGACCUGUGUGAUGGAUCCAAUGCCUUCUCUGAUCCACUUUCACACUUCACAGAUUUAUCAUUCAGUGCUGCUUUAAAAGAACAAAUGUUAGAAGAGUUUUCUCCUUUUGGAACAGACCCCUUCUUGUCUGCAACAUCACCUGACCUUUCGAAAGGAAGCAGCAGAAGAAGCAGUUUCAGCACAGAUGAUGAUGAUCUUUGAGGAAAACAUCAAUAUCAAAGAAACACAAAUGUAUUUAAAUCAUUUUUGUGAUUAUAAGAAGGCUAUAAUUAUUUUUUUUCGUGAAAAAUGUAACAGUUCUGUACAUAUUGAUUAGUUUAACAUAACAUCCUAUAUGAUAUGGGUUUAAAAACUGCAAUCAUGUAAAAAAAUCACUGAAACCUAGGCUCUCAUAAGUCUCUAAUAGCAGCUAAGAGGGAAAUGUAGCAUCAUUAAAUUGUUCACCAUGCACAUCUAAGUUGUCUUUCAUGGCAAAUUAAGCUCAGCCA